ACACGAAUCAAUUUUCAUUCGGGUUUUUCGCCUUGAGUUGUUCGGUUGUGUGCGCUUCAACUUGUAUAAUUGUAAUUGUUUAAAUAUUAAUAUAAAGUAAUAAAUGGUAAGAAUGACUAACCAAAAAGAUAAUUCAAGCCAAAAUGGAAAUAAUGGAGAUUAUAACGAUGAGGAAAUAAAUGAGCCGGAAUGCCUUCGGAAGUUAUUUAUUGGAGGAUUGGACUACAGAACUACGGAUGAUGGUCUUAAAUCACAUUUUGAAAAGUGGGGCAAAAUAGUUGAUGUGGUUGUGAUGAAAGAUCCCCGAACGAAGCGAUCACGUGGUUUUGGGUUCAUCACCUAUUCGAGGUCGACUAUGGUUGAUGAUGCACAAAAUGCACGCCCACAUAAGAUUGAUGGCCGUGUUGUGGAACCAAAACGGGCAGUUCCACGUCAAGAUAUUGAUAAUCCACAUGCUGGUGCCACAGUUAAAAAGUUGUUUGUUGGUGGGCUUAAAGAAGAACAUGAUGAACAAUGUCUUAGAGAUUAUUUUGGACAAUACGGAAAGAUAACAGAUGUGAAUAUUGUUAUCGACAAGGAAACUGGCAAGAAGCGAGGAUUCGCUUUCAUUGAAUAUGAUGAUUACGAUCCAGUUGAUAAAAUUGUGUUGCAAAAAACACAUAACAUUAAGGGAAAAGCUCUAGAUGUAAAGAAAGCCUUGCCUAAGCAGGACAUGAACCGCCAACAAGGUGGUGGUGGUGGCGGUCGUGGUGGAAAUAUGGGCCGCGGCGGCAAUAUGGGGGGUGGAAUGAUGGGUAAUCAAAACAAUUGGGGUGGCAACAAUCGAGGCAACGACAACUGGGGUGGAAACAACGGUUUUGGUGGUGGCUUCAAUAGUAAUGGCGGCGGUGGUGGCGGUUGGAAUAACAAUAGUGUUGGUCCAUGGGAUAAUGGCAACAGUGGUGGCAACUGGAAUAAUGGUCCUUCAAACUUCGGAGGACCCGGAAAUAGUGGUCCUGCCAACAACGGUAACUGGGGAAAUGAUUUUGGAGGCGGUUAUCAACAAAGUUAUGGCGGUGGUCCUCAACGUGGCAACUAUGGUGGCAACAACCGAUCACAACCCUACAAUCAAGGCAAUUUCGGCAACAAGAUGGGCAAUCAAGGUGGUAAUUUCGGUAAUCAGGGCAACUUUGGUGGUCCCAAUGCUAUGGGUGGCGGCAGUGGUGGUAACAGAAGAUACUAAGGUCGUAAAAUUGAGCCAGGUCACAUUCGUAAAGAUUAAAGCAAGCAAUCGAAAAGUUACAUAUAAGAAAACUUAAACAGCCACGAAAGCAGCAGAAUUAACAGUUUCAGUUCAAAAGAAUAAAUGUCAGAAAAUUUAAAGCAGAAUGUGAUGAGAUACAUACCCCAGGAACAAUUUGAAGCACAGGUGGUCAAGUGGAGGGGAGAGGAGUGACGAUGAUGAAUAUAUAAGCAACAGUUACAUAUAUGCAAACUUAUACACAGAUACGAAGAAGUUAAUCAUGUGUAGGCAUUUUACCACAUCAGCAAAAUAAGUACCUAGCGUACGUAGUUUUAAAGAUGAAAAUUUUAAGGAUCAAAUGCAAGAGAGACGAGUAUUAAAUAUUAAAAAACAAAAACUUAAGACAUACUUCCACAUAAAUUUCGAACAAAUCAGAUAAUUCGAAGAAGAAGAGGAUGAUUAUGUAAUAGAAAAUGAAAUAUUUAAAAGAGGAGGAAAACAUAUUUAUAAUUAAAUAGUAUUUUUUCACAGUUUCUUGGAUUGAUGGUAUACUUAAUCAAUCCCUCGAAAUUAUGCACAUAAUAAGCAGUCAGAUCCUCCCACAUUUCAUACCUUAUCUAGUGUUAUAUCUAAUGUUUUAGAUUUUCUGUAAAAUAUUCACAUAAGAUCUUAGAAUAAGUUUAGUUGUACUGUAUUUAUUGUCAAAUAUUUGUCAUGCCCACAAGGUUUGAUGUGAGAAUGUCUGUAAGGAAAAUUAUCUUACAAAUUAAUCAGAUGGAAUCGAAAAAUAGACGAUGUGGAGAUGUAGUAAUCAAUGAAAAUGAUCAGUAAUCGACAGGAUGUUUGAAUCAAAUUUCAUAAAUUAGUUAACUUUUAUCAUUAAAUUACCUGAUAUUGAUAAUUUAUGUCUUAAACACUUCGAUUAAGUUCUCACUGGAAUCAUUUUUUACUGAAGACUACAAUAUUUUAAAAUUGUAAACUUAUACAUAUAGAGAAAUAUAUACUUUACACAAAGA